AUGAGGUUGGAAUCAACAUAUCUACCAACUUUGCUGGUGCUUUUGGCUCAAUUUUUAUUAGUUACAGCUGACUCGACAGUCUACUCGAGAACUUACUGGACUAAAAAAACUCCUUCGACGUACUCAACGUCAUAUAAGACUAAUGGUGUCCUCUUAUAUUAUACUACAACUUAUUAUUGGAUUUAUACUCCUAGAGUAACAAUCUCAACAACCACUACUUCUUUUAAUACCAAUGUUCCAUCAUUAGCAACUAGUACAAUGGUUAUUACUAGAGUAGGAAGUGACGGUUUUGAAACAUAUCUCACAAAAACUUUAGUGUACUAUCCUAUUUACACCAGUCUAGCAACUAAUACUAAAAGAAGUUUCUUUUUUUCAAGUUACACAUCUACCUAUUCAACCUUGUAUAAUACUAUUGUUGGAGACGAUGGUUCGAUAACAACAGAUAUAACAUAUUAUAUUGCCAUUCCUGAUCAUCUCUACAUUUCUACUUCGAUUGAUGGUUGGACUGGUCAUUCAAGAAGGACUCAUGAUACUUCCACUGUUAUUACAACAGGUAAAGAUGGUAUUUUAACAAUCGGUACUGUUUACUAUGUCUAUACUACAAGAAACUCAGGCUUAACCACAUUUAUUCCAUGGACUGGAACUUAUACAACCUUCUAUUCAACUGGCAUGACCGUACUUGGUGGGUUCAUCGGUGUUGGUCAAACUACCUCCACUUUAUAUUGGGUUUACACCCCAUGUCGUCAAAGUACUUCCCUCAUUACUACCUGGAGUUCUAUAGAUUAUACGACUACAUGGUCUACCUCCAUUUUAACUACAACUGAUGCCCGAGGUAAUGCGACAACCAAGACUAUUUAUUUUGUCGCCACUCCAGUUCGUCGUGUCACAUCUACAGUUUCAACAACAAGCAAUUUUAGUUCUGAAUCUACUUAUACAUAUUCCACUAUCUUUAAUACUUUUACUGAUGAGGAAGGCAAUACCACUACAGAAACUAAAUACUAUGUAGCUAUUCCCGCCAACUUUUUACAUUCAACUACUACGGAAGGUUGGACUGGUUUAUUUUUAACUACUCAUGCGACAUCCAUUGUUGUUACUACUGGUGAUGAUGGUCUUCUAACCACUGGUACUGUUUAUUACGUUUACACUUCUCGUCCACCUGGUAUUUCGAUAACUACGCCAUGGACUGGUACUUAUACGACUUAUUAUUCUACUUCAGUAAGUUCAAAUUAUUAUAUUGGUAUACUUCUUGGUACUGCAACUUAUUAUUAUAUUAAAAUUCCAUAUUAUGAAACAAUCAUAUGUAGUACGACAUAUAGUACACACAAGUAUACUACCACUUAUUCUACUGAAUAUACGUCUUUUACUGAUUUAGAUGGUAAUGUCACUAAACAAAUUAUCUAUCAUGUUUAUACUCCAACACGUCGAUAUACUAGUACUUAUACUAUCAAGAAUAGUCCUUUUGGUGGAACACUAACAUCUACAUUUGCAACUUUUUGCACUACCAUAACAGAUAAAGAUGGUAAUGAGACUACUCAGACAACAUAUUAUAUUGCAAUUCCAACAGAUCUAUAUAAGACCACAACAACUGCAGUGUGGACUGGUCAAUACACUAUUACUUAUAAUAUCAGUAAGACUACAGAAAGAGGAACUGAUGGAUAUUCUACUGAGAAAACAGUUUACUAUGUCCAUACACCUACCCCUGAUGGUGGUAAGUGGCUCACAACAUAUUGGACAGGUACUUACACAACAUAUAGUCAAAUUGGCUAUACAGUAGCUUUUGGUUUCAGCGGUAUUUUCUUCGGGUUGUGGAUCUAUCCCCAAUAUAUAUUAAGAACACCGAUUCGUAGAACAUCUUUGUUCAGCUGGACUAGUAACUGGAAUCUACAAACUAUUUCUAGCUCUUCUUGUAUAACUACCUUUGUCGGGGUCGAUAACGAAUCAACAACUGAAACCAUUUACUUCAUUUUUGCCCCUGCUCCUACAGUUUCGUCAUUCAUUUACUCACAAGGUACAUUUACUUCUUCAACCACAGUGACCACAUCAACUUUUACCACUACUGUUGGUGGAGUUUAUGAUUAUUCAUGGGCCAUUGUGUAUUAUGUGGUCCUUCCUGUUGAUGUUGAACACUCUACAGUAAUGACACAAUGGACUGGUACAUAUGUUACAACAAGCACCACUUUUGUAACAACUAUUAUCGACUCAAAAGGAUUUUCUUCGAUUUAUACAAUUUAUGUUGUCCAAACUCCAGUGCUAAGUGCAUUAUAUUCAUAUAUUCCUUGGACUGGAACAUACACAUCAACGAUUCAAACCAGUGUUUACACAACUUUGGAUUACUAUGAUAACUUUUUGGCUUCCUGGACCCAUACUAUUUUUAUUAUUCAAACACCUAUCUGUUUGUCUACUUCCUAUGUUUUUUCAUAUUGGACAGGUACGGAUUAUUCAACUUAUUCGACUGAUAUCGUCACAAUAACCGAUGUUUGGGGAAAUGCAACUACAGAAACGAUUUAUUAUGUUGUAACACCUACUCGUGUUAUCUAUACUCCAGAAUUCUUUCUGCAAACUAUUCAAGGUACUACUACUUUAAGUACCGGGGUUACUACUUUCAUUGGUAAAGAUGGCUUAGAAACAACCGAAACCAUCUAUUCCGUUCUUAUCCCAGAAAAUACAAGAUUGAGCACCGUUUUUAGUUCAUGGGAUAAGGACUACAUAAGUGAUAUAUCCACAGUUACUUCUGUAGGAACUACUAUUAUUUAUAUCGUCACACCAAUUGAUACCGGUGUUAUUAUUUACGUACCAUGGGCUGGUGAUUAUACAUCCACGAUUUUAACAACCACAUCUUACAGUUAUGGUUUUUCAAGUACGUUUUUAGGCGUUUGGGAUCGUAUUGUAUAUGUUGUAGAAACACCAAUUCGUGAAGUAAUAUCUACUAGUUAUUCUGCCUUUCCAUCUCCAAAUUUGACAUCUACAUUCCAAACGAUUGUUACUACUAUUAUUGGUGAAGAUAACGAAGAAACCACUGAAACAUUAUAUUUAGUUUAUACACCUUAUAGAGCAACUAGUACCACCACUACCACUGGGUAUGAUCAAGAAGUAACACUGACAUUUACAACUAUUACAGGAACAUUUACUGGUAUUGAUGGAGAAGAAACUACAGAAACUAUUUACAUUGUUGGAACACCUGACCAUAAUAGAACCUCUACGAGCUAUACUGCUUGGUCUAGUGAUAUAUCACUAACGUUUUCCACUUUUGUUACCACAUACACGAAUGAAAAUGAUUUUGUUAUUACUGAAACAAUAUACUUUGUGAAUACUCCAUACCGUUUUUACACCACCACAAAAGUAUCUGGUAUUCCUAACAUAUCUAGGAGAACCUUCAAAACAAUUCUAACGACAUUCACUGAUUCAGAUGGUAACGUAACAACUGAAACGACAUAUUUCGUAUACACUCCUAUUCAAAAAACUACAUCAACUUUAUACACAGCUGUCGACAUCAUAGAUGGCACUUUUACUUAUUCCACCGAAGUGUUAACCUUGACAGAUAAAGAAGGUAAUGAGAUUACAGAAAGUAUCUAUUUUGUUAUGACUCCUAUCCGUGGAAGUACUGUCACGUCUUUUACUGCAUCUGGUUCCAUUACCAGUACUUAUUCUACAUCAAUUUUUACUACAAUUAAUUCUGAAGGUGAUGAAAUCACAGAAACAAUAUAUUUUAUUAUGACACCUGCAAGGGAAAUUACAUCUACAACUUCAUCAUACUGGUCUUUAAGAUCAUUGUCUACAUAUUACACUUCCAUUGGAACUAUCACGGAUAAAUUCCUUAAUGAAGCAACUCAAACAAUUUAUUUUGUAUACGGACCUCAUUAUGAAAUUACAAGAACAGAUUAUGUCGGUGGAGCUGUAACAGCUGAUGCAACUGUUACAACAUUUAUUACGACAUUUAGUGACAAGGAAGGUUUCUGGACUACUGAAACUAUUUUUGUUAUAGAAACACCAUUUGCAUCUUCCACAAAAUCCUCUUACGAAUUUUCAUCAUAUUUAAAUGGUUCUUUUGUAAUUUCUGUUCCAGAUUCUCUAUAUGAAAGUUCAUUCCUAUCUAAAAGUAUUAUGUACAAUACCUCUUCUGUCAAAUCAUCCAUUGAUUCCUCAAUUGCUUCCGAAAGCACUAUGAAAAACAGCUCUUCUCUCGAAUCAUCAAUGAUAGCUGAUAGUGGUUUUUCAAACAAUACUUCUAUGGAAUCCAUAGAAAAGACAGGUACAAGUGCAUAUAGCUCAUAUGUUUCAGAUAAUUCAAUUAUUUCUAUUACUUCUAACUCCACUAAGUCAAUAGAAUCUUCUAAUGCAUCCACAUCGGAAAUUAUAGAAACCGAUUCUGAAAAUAUAGAGACUUACACUACAAUUUCAAACAGCACCGUAAAAAUGCCUCACACAAUAUCGGAAAUAAAAACUGAAUUAAUAACACGACAACAAUCGUACCAUAAAUUAGAAUACACUUCCUUCGGUUCUGAAGGUAAUACCACCAUCGGUACAACCAUCUACCCAGUCUCUCACGCUACUGAAAAAGAAUUGACUACUUUCACCUACAGUUCCACCGACUCUGAAGGUAAUGCCACCAUCGGUACAACCACCAAACCUGUCUCUCACACUAGUGAUGAAGAAGAAUCAACUACUUCAGUCUACAGUUCUACCGACUCUGAAGGUAAUGCCACCAUCGGUACAACCACCAAACCUGUCUCUCACACUAGUGAAGAAGAAUUGACUACUUCCACCUACAGUUCCACCGACUCUGAGGGUAAUGCCACCAUCAGUACAAUCACCUACCCAGUCUCUCACACUAGUGAAGAAGAAUUGACUACUUCCACCUACAGUUCCACCGACUCUGACGGUAUUGUCACCAUCGGUAUUACUACUUACCCAGUCAAUAACACCAAUGAUGAAGAGGAAUUGACUACUUCCACCUACAGUUCCACCGACUCUAAGGGUAAUGUCACCACCGGUACAACCACCUACCCAGUCUCUCACACUAGUGAAGAAGAAUUGACUACUUCCACCUACAGUUCCACCGACUCUGAGGGUAAUGCCACCAUCAGUACAAUCACCUACCCAGUCUCUCACACUAGUGAUGAAGAAGAAUCAACUACUUCAGUCUACAGUUCUACCGACUCUGAAGGUAAUGCCACCAUCGGUACAACCACCAAACCUGUCUCUCACACUAGUGAAGAAGAAUUGACUACUUCCACCUACAGUUCCACCGACUCUGAGGGUAAUGCCACCAUCAGUACAAUCACCUACCCAGUCUCUCACACUAGUGAAGAAGAAUUGACUACUUCCACCUACAGUUCCACCGACUCUGACGGUAUUGUCACCAUCGGUAUUACUACUUACCCAGUCAAUAACACCAAUGAUGAAGAGGAAUUGACUACUUCCACCUACAGUUCCACCGAUUCUGAGGGUAAUGUCACCACCGGUACAACCACCAAACCUGUCUCUCACACUAGUGAUGAAGAAGAAUCAACUACUUCAGUCUACAGUUCCACCAACUCUGACGGUAUUGUCACCAUCGGUAUUACUACUUACCCAGUCAAUAACACCAAUGAUGAAGAAGAAUCAACUACUUCAGUCUACAGUUCUACCGACUCUGAAGGUAAUACCACCAUCGGUACAACCACCAAACCUGUCUCUCACACUAGUGAUGAAGAAGAAUCAACUACUUCAGUCUACAGUUCCACCAACUCUGACGGUAAUGUCACCACCGGUACAACCACCUACCCAGUCAAUAACACUAAUGAUGAAGAGGAAUUGACUACUUCCACCUACAGUUCUACCGACUCUGAAGGUAUUGUCACCAUCGGUACAACCACCAACCCUGUCUCUCACACCAGUGAUGAAGAAGAAUUGACUACUUCAGUCUACAGUUCCACCGACUCUGACGGUAUUGUCACCAUCGGUAUUACUACUUACCCAGUCAAUAACACCAAUGAUGAAGAAGAAUCAACUACUUCAGUCUACAGUUCUACCGACUCUGAAGGUAAUACCACCAUCGGUACAACCACCAAACCUGUCUCUCACACUAGUGAUGAAGAAGAAUCAACUACUUCAGUCUACAGUUCCACCAACUCUGACGGUAAUGUCACCACCGGUACAACCACCUACCCAGUCAAUAACACUAAUGAUGAAGAGGAAUUGACUACUUCCACCUACAGUUCUACCGACUCUGAAGGUAUUGUCACCAUCGGUACAACCACCAACCCUGUCUCUCACACCAGUGAUGAAGAAGAAUUGACUACUUCCAUCUACAGUUCCACCGACUUGGAAGGUAUUGUCACUAUCGGUAUUACUACUUACCCAGUCAAUAACACCAAUGAUGAAGAAGAAUUGACUACUUCCACCUACAGUUCCACCGACUCUGAAGGUAUUGUCACCAUCAGUACCUCUACCUACCCAGUCUCUCACACCAGUGAUGAAGAAGAAUUGACUACUUCCAUCUACAGUUCCACCGACUCGGAAGGUAUUGUCACCAUCGGUACAACCACCAAACCUGUCUCUCACACUAGUGAUGAAGAAGAAUCAACUACUUCCACCUACAGUUCUACCGACUCUGAAGGUAUUGUCACCAUCGGUACAACCACCAACCCUGUCUCUCACACCAGUGAUGAAGAAGAAUCAACUACUUCAGUCUACAGUUCCACCAACUCGGAAGGUAUUGUCAGCAUCGGUAUUACUACUUACCCAGUCAAUAACACUAGUGAUGAAGAAGAAUCAACUACUUCAGUCUACAGUUCCACCAACUCGGAAGGUAUUGCCACCAUCGGUACAACCACCAAACCUGUCUCUCACACCAGUGAUGAAGAAGAAUUGACUACUUCAGUCUACAGUUCCACCGACUCUGACGGUAUUGUCACCAUCGGUAUUACUACUUACCCAGUCAAUAACACCAAUGAUGAAGAAGAAUCAACUACUUCAGUCUACAGUUCUACCGACUCUGAAGGUAAUACCACCAUCGGUACAACCACCUACCCAGUCAAUAACACUAAUGAUGAAGAGGAAUUGACUAGUUCCACCUACAGUUCUACCGACUCUGAAGGUAUUGUCACCAUCGGUACAACCACCAACCCUGUCUCUCACACCAGUGAUGAAGAAGAAUUGACUACUUCCAUCUACAGUUCCACCGACUUGGAAGGUAUUGUCACUAUCGGUAUUACUACUUACCCAGUCUCUCACACCAGUGAUGAAGAAGAAUUGACUACUUCCACCUACAGUUCCACCGACUCUGACGGUAUUGUCACCAUCGGUACAACCACCUACCCAGUCAAUAACACCAAUGAUGAAGAAGAAUCAACUACUUCAGUCUACAGUUCUACCGACUCUGAAGGUAAUGCCACCAUCGGUACAACCACCAAACCUGUCUCUCACACUAGUGAUGAAGAAGAAUCAACUACUUCAGUCUACAGUUCCACCAACUCGGAAGGUAUUGUCACCAUCGGUACAACCACCAAACCUGUCUCUCACACUAGUGAUGAAGAAGAAUCAACUACUUCAGUCUACAGUUCCACCAACUCUGAGGGUAAUGCCACCAUCAGUACAACCACCAAACCUGUCUCUCACACUAGUGAAGAAGAAUUGACUACUUCCACCUACAGUUCCACCGACUCUGACGGUAUUGUCACCAUCGGUACCUCUACCUACCCAGUCUCUCACACCAGUGAUGAAGAAGAAUUGACUAGUUCCACCUACAGUUCCACCGACUCUGAAGGUAAUGCCACCAUCGGUACAACCACCAAACCUGUCUCUCACACUAGUGAUGAAGAAGAAUUAACUACUUCAAUCUACAGCUCCACCGACUCGGAAGGUAUUGUCACCACCGGAACCACUGCUUAUCCAGUCAAUCACGCCGAUGAUGAAGAAGAAUUAACUACUUCAAUCUACAGCUCCACCGACUCGGAAGGUAUUGUCACCACCGGAACCACUGCUUAUCCAGUCAAUCACGCCGAUGAUGAAGAAGAAUCAACUACUUCAAUCUACACUUCCACCGACUCUGACGGUAUUGUCACCAUCGGUAUUACUACUUACCCAGUCAAUAACACCAAUGAUGAAGAAGAAUCAACUACUUCAGUCUACAGUUCCACCGACUCUGACGGUAAUGCCACCACCGGUACAACCACCUACCCUGUCUCUCACACCACUGAUGAAGAAGAAUUGACUACUUCCACCUACAGUUCCACCGACUCGGAAGGUAAUGUUAUUAUCGAUACCCGUAUUUUAGAGUUGUCGGAUGUUUCUGGUUCUUCAGUUGAUAUCACAGUAUCGCUUUCGACUGUAACUGCCACUAUAUCUGAUGGUAAUGUCGUGACUUUGACUACUACGGUUAUAUGUUCUACUUCGGUAGCAUCAACUAAACCAACAGUUAGCACUGGUAACCUUAUUACGACAACCAACUCUGAAGGUCACACCACUGUUAUAACCUCAUCUGUUGCUAGUGAAACUGCUAAACCAACAGAUAAUACUGUUACCCACAUUACUACAACCGACUCUGCUGGUCAAACAACUGUGAUAACCUCAUCUGUUCCAAAUUCUGAUACACAAAGUGUAACUACAUUGGUUCCACCAGGUAGCUCUAUGUCGACCGUAUCAUCAGACUUUAAUACUUCUGCCAGUGAUGGUGUUACAUCAUCUGGAUCUAACCCAUCUGCUACUGUAGGUAUUUCAUCUACUUAUGAAGGUGCUGGUGUAUCAAAUAAGAUAAGCAAUUCCUUAUCCGGCUUCAUUGGUAUGAUUUUUAUGGCAAUUUUAGUUUAG